GAAGAUGGCGGCGGUGGAGCUGCGAGCCCGGCGUGUGGGCCCAGUGCAGACAAGCGGGAGCCCGCGGGAGGAUCCCCUCAGCCAGGGCACGAAAAGCGGCCGGCAGGAGCAGGAAAGCACCGAGGGGGCUGCUUGCAGCGUGCAGGUGCAGCCGGGCACAUUCUGGCUGACCAGGAUAGUUUUGCUGCGCUCCAUAGCAUUUAUUUACUUUGUGGCCUUUUCUGUUGCCUACCACCAAAACAGACAGUUGCUUGGAGAGAAGGGACUGCUACCAGGAAAACUCUAUUUGCAGAAGAUUCAACAUUAUGCUGGGGGCAGAGUUGGUUUGGAGGCUUUUAGCUAUGCACCGACAAUUCUGUGGUUGCUGGAUUGGUCUGACAUGGAUGCACAUCUUGACAAUAUUGCCUUGUUGGGAAUGGGACUUUCAUUGUUUGUACUACUUGCAGGAUGCGCCAACAUGAUAAUCAUGCUUCUUUUGUGGAUCCUUUAUCACUCGUUGGUGAACCUUGGCCAAAUCUGGUACUCGUUUGGCUGGGAGUCUCAGCUUCUGGAAACUGGAUUCCUUGGUAUUUUCGUGUGUCCUGUGCUGACUCUCCGUACCAUUCCACGUCAUACACCACCGUCCAAAAUUGUCAUAUGGUCUUUUCGUUGGCUCAUUUUCCGCAUCAUGCUGGGAGCGGGGCUGAUUAAAAUUCGUGGGGAUCGCUGUUGGAAAGACCUGACCUGUAUGAACUACCAUUAUGAGACUCAGCCUGUACCUAAUCCUAUUGCAUAUUAUAUGCAUCGAUCCCCAUGGUGGUUCCACAGCUUUGAGGUUCUUACUAACCAUUUUAUUGAGCUUAUUGUGCCCUUUUUCCUAUUUAUUGGGCGCCGGAUGUGCGUAAUCCAUGGAAUCCUGCAGAUCCUUUUCCAGGUCUUACUCAUCAUAAGUGGGAAUCUCAGCUUCUUGAACUGGUUGACUAUUGUUCCAAGUAUUGCCUGCUUUGACGACUCCAAUCUGGCCUUUCUCUUCGGCUCACGACAAGGGGGGGUCAAAGAUCAAGUAUCCAAGAUCCAGGCUAAGGAGUCACUGGGUCAGAAACCACCUACUCAUUAUGGUGCCUUCAUUCGACAAGUACUGAAUGUCUCUUUUGGGGUUCUUAUUGCCUACCUCAGUCUACCAGUGAUUGUAAACCUGCUCAGCUCAAAACAAUUGAUGAACACUUCCUUUAAUCCACUGCGAAUUGUCAACACUUAUGGAGCCUUUGGAAGUAUCACGAAGGAAAGGACCGAGGUCAUAAUUCAGGGGACAAUGAGUCAAGAUCCGCAUGAUCCCAGUGCCUUGUGGGAGGAAUACGAUUUCAAGUGUAAACCUGGAGAUUUGAAGCGGAGACCGUGUAUUAUCAGUCCAUACCAUUACCGCCUUGACUGGCUUAUGUGGUUUGCUGCAUUCCAGACCUAUGAACAAAAUGAAUGGUUAAUCCACCUGGCAGGAAGAUUGCUGACGAAUGAUAGCCUUAUACUGUCGCUAAUGGCACACAACCCUUUUGAGAAUCGAGGAGCACCAAGGUGGAUAAGGGGUGAACACUAUCUCUACAAAUUCAGCAGGCCCAGUGGCAACCAUGCUGCGGAGGGUAAGUGGUGGAUUCGGAAACGGAUUGGCACUUAUUUCCCCCCUGUCAAUGUGAAGGGGUUGAAGAAGUAUUUUAAGGAGCGUGACUGGCCAAUUCAUGAGACCCAAUAAGUGAGAUAUUUCCUCCGGGAGAACAACUGGCUUCCAGCAAGAAUGCAUUAAUGGUACCUCAGGACUGCAAACAUGUCACCUCAUUAUAUGAAGCACGUUGAUUAAUGUACAAUUGACAGAUGCAACAUGACUGUAAUUAUCAACAAUGCUAACAAUUUGACCUCUAGCCUUACGGAGUAAACAAUGUACUUUAAUUGAAAGUGGGACUCAAUUUCAAAACUUGUGAUGUUAUUUCAAGUGAAUUUCUGACCUAUUUUCAGUCUCAUUAUAUCCAACUUUUCCAAGUUU